UGAUGUCCAUGCAGCAGAAACAAGUGAGUUUCUGUUUAAAAACUGAAAUCAGAAAUAUAAAACGUUAUGUAAACAUUCUUCAGCCUUUUGUUCUUAGUAUUGUGUUUAUUGAUUCUUAAAGUAAGACAUUAAUUUUGAUAGAUGUCCCCUAGAACCUGUCCAGACACCAUCACUAUUACAGCAUACUUUAAAAGGGGCUUUACUGCCAAAUACUUUUUUCAGCAGCAGAUCCAAUCAAAGUAGCUCCUGCCUCUUUUUCCUUUUACCCAUGCCAUUUUUGCUGUGUCUGCAGCACUCCUCUGUUAUGCCAUUCAUUACAGCUGUUUCAAAAGCAGCAGCUGAUAACGUGUAUCAGGGAAUUAGUUAUUUUUAACCUUGCUACAGUUGCUGUGUGACCCCAAAAGCCCUUAGGGUAUCUCAGGCAGAAAUAAAUGGUGUAGUGUGCAGGCUUAUUAAAGCUGUAGUGCCUUUGAGAGAAGCAGUUGUAGCUCCAGAGAGAAAAAUGUAAUACUUAGCUCCUUCCAGAGUCCUCAGAAGCUCUCGAGGGUUUUUUUAAAGAGUAUUAGAUGAGGAUGAGAGGAUCUGAUUCAAUGAGAUACAGUCAAUAGAAAAUGAAAGAGCCUUUUUCAGUCUAACUGAAAUAAAUCAUCUUCACUAAACCAUGUCCAUAAGUGCCACAUCUGCACGUCUUCUAAAUACCUCCAAGGAUGAUGAUUCUACCGCUUCCCUGGGCAGCCUGUUCCAAUUUUUGAGCACCCUUUAUUUGAAGAAAUGUUUCUUAAUAUCCAGUUGAAACCUCCCUUUUUAAAACUGGAGGCUGGUUCUUCUCAUUUUGAUACUUGUUACCUGAGAGAAGACCCUCACCUUGCUACAGCCUCCAUUUAGAAGCAGUAAGGUCUUUGCUGAGCCUCCUUUUCUUUAGGAUAAACACAUCUAGCUUCCCUAGCCACUCCUCAUAAAACUUCUACCCCAGACCCUUCACCAGUUCUGUUGCCCUUCUCUGGAUAUGUUCCAGCGCCUCAAUGUCCUUCUUGUAGUGAGGGGCCCAGAACUGGACACAGGGUUCAAGGUGUGAUCUCACUAGUGCUCAGUACCGAGGGACAAUCACUGCCCUGGUCCUACUGGCCACACUAUUGCUGAUCUAGGUUAGGAUGCCAUCGGUCUUCUUGGCCACCUGGGCGUAUGCUGGCUGAUGUUCAGCUGCUGUUGACCAUCACCCCCAGCAUCUGGUCCUUUUCUGCUGGACAAUUUUCCAGUAACUCUCCCUCUGCCUGUAGCGCUGCAUGGGGCUGUUGUGCCCCAAGGGCAGGAACAAUCACUUGGUCUCAUUGAACCUCAUAUGAUGUGCCUUAAUGCAUGGAUUCAUCCUGUCCAGGUCCUUCUGCAGCAAAAAAGGGUAUGCUUGUGAAAGCCAUGAGCAGCCAGUUUCUUCAGAAUGUUGUGGGAAAUGGUGUCAAAGGCUUUAUUUGAGUCUGGGUAAACUUUGUAUUUUUCUUUCAUCCACUAAGCAGGUCACUUUGUGAUAGAAGACCAAACUUGUCAGGCAGGACCUGCCUUUCCUAAACCCAUGCUGGCUAUGCCUGAUCCCCUGGUUGUCCCGCAUGUGUUGUGUGAUGGUACUCAGGAUGAUCUACUCCAUGGCCUUCCCUGGCUGACUGAGCCUGACUGAAGUCAGGCUCUCAGGUUGUAUCCUCCCUCUGACUUCUUGUGAAUGGACUUUAUCUUAACUAACAUCCUGUCAACUGUCAACACUCCAGUUAGCCAAGACUGCUGGUAAAUAAUGGAAAAUGAUUUGAUGAGCCCUUCUGCUAGUUCCCUUUAGACACUUGGGUGGAUCCCAUCUGGCCCCACAAACUUGUGUAUCUUAAGUUGUGUAGCUGAUCACUGACUGUUUUCUCCUGGUUUAUAGGGGCAUCAUUCUGAUCUCUAUCUCUGUAUUCCAGCACAGGGUCUUGGUAUCCUGAGAGCAACUGCUCUCACUCUUAAAGACUGAGGCAAAGAAGGCACCAAGUACCUCAGCCUUUUCCUCAUCCUUGAUGUUUCCUUCUGCAUCCAGUAAAUGAUGGAGAUUCUCCUUAGCCCUCCUUUUGUUGCUGAUGUAGUUGUAAAAACAUUUUUUUGUUGUUGUUUUACAGCAGUAGUUAGAUUAAGUUCUAGUUGGACUUUGGCCCUGUAACAAAUGGAACCAUUAUUAAAAUUAAAAGUGCAGCCUUUUUUAAGUGUGUUGUUUGAAAAAUACCAUCUUCAAAAGCAUAAAAAUCCCUUAGUGUUUACAAGCAACUGCAGUUGUGUGGUCAAAUUCCCAAGAUGUGAGUUGUCACCAGUCAGUUGUUUUUACAGGACACUCUUACUGGUCUUGGGUGGUUUACUGUUUAAGAAGUAUACACACUAACGUAAGUCAAAUGUUUCUCUAUUACGUAAAGGAUACCUUGGAUGUCAAGUAAAUUUAGAUAUAAGUAUUCAUAACUAAUCUGUUUAAUUGUCCCAUAUGAGAUAGGUUUUAAUAGCUACUUACAAAGAAUCAAAAAGGUUUCCUUAUUGGAAUUCCACUCUUUCAGAAACCUCAUCUAUCACUGUGACCAAAUAUGUGUCAGGGGCACAGGUUUUUUUCCUGUGGUGAUUUAUAGCUACCAAUAACCUUCCACAGUGGUUGCUUUAUCAACUUAUUAUACGGGCAUCUUUUGCUCUUGUUAGUAAACAGAAGAGAACUAUUAAACACAGAGUCAACUACUCCUAAUCUCAAGAGAGAGACUUUGUACAGUAUGUUCUGUACAAAACUGAAAGACUUGAAGAUCACAGGAGAAUGUCCUUUCUCCUUACUGACUCAAGGUCACGUUACUGAAGAACAUGACAAGGACUGCACGGAAAACAGCUCUAGAGCAGCUUUGCCCAUUUGCAAAGAAGUCCAUGAAAAAGAUGGUCAAGGAAACCUUCCACGAAGGAAAACAAGCAGAAGUAGAGUGUACCUGCACACACUAACUGAAAGCAUCUGCAAACUAAUUUUUCCUGAGUUUGAAAGGCUGAAUCUUGCACUGCAGAGAACACUUGCAAAGCACAGAAUAAAGGAAACCAGAAAAACUGGUGAUAGAGAAGAUUUUGAAAAAAUCAUCAGUGAUCAUGCUAAUGCAGCAGGUGUUCCGAUGGAGUCUCUACAGGAAUCUCUCGGUGAAGAGCUAUUCAAAAUAUGCUAUGAAGAGGAUGAACACAUAUUGGGGGUUAUUGGAGGCACCCUUAAGGAUUUCUUGAAUAGUUUCACUACUCUGCUGAAGCAGAGUGGCCACAGCCAAGAAGCAGGAAAAAAGGACAGACUUGAAGAUGCCUCCAUAUUAUGCCUGGAGAAAGAUCAGGACUUCUUAAAUGUUUAUUAUUUCUUUCCUAAGAAAAUCACAAGUCUUAUUCUACCUGGUAUCAUUAAAGCAGCAGCUCAUAUUUUGUAUGAAUCUGAGGUGGAAGUGAUGCUCAUGCCUCCUUGUUUCCAUAAUGACUGCACCGAGUUUGCUAAUCAGCCUUAUUUACUGUAUUCUAUACAAGUCAAAAGUGCAAAACCUUCAUUAUCUCCAUGUAAACCACAGUCUUCACUUGUGAUUCCUGCUUCUGUGUUCUGUAAGACUUUCCCAUUUCAUUUUAUGUUUGACAAGGAUAUGUCAGUUCUUCAAAUUGGAAAUGGGAUAAGAAGACUUUUGACCAGGAGAGAAUUUCAGGCUAAGCCCAAUUUUGAAGAGUAUUUCGAAAUUCUUACCCCCAAAGUAAGCUGCACUUUUAGUGGAAUAAUGACAAUGCUAAAUAUGCAGUUUACUGUACGAGUUAGAAGGUGGGAUAAUACUGAUAUGAAACCGUCCAUGGUAAUGGAUCUUAAAGGCCAAAUGAUCUAUAUUUUUGAAUCCAGUGCCAUUCUAUUCUUGGGAUCUCCCUGUGUGGACAGACUAGAAGAUUUUACAGGACGUGGAUUAUACCUCUCUGAUAUUCCCAUUCACAAUGCUUUAAGAGAUGUUGUUCUGAUAGGAGAGCAGGCCAGAGCCCAGGAUGGACUGAAGAAGAGGUUAGGAAAGCUAAAAGCAACCCUUGAGCAGGCCCAUCAAGCACUUGAAGAAGAGAAGAAGAAGACUGUAGAUCUUCUGUUUUCAAUUUUUCCUGGAGAGGUUGCUCAGCAGCUGUGGCAGGGACAAGUUGUACAAGCCAAGAAAUUUAAUAAUGUCACAAUGCUUUUUUCUGACAUUGUUGGAUUCACUGCCAUCUGUUCCCAGUGCUCACCUAUGCAGGUUAUCACCAUGCUUAAUGAGCUUUAUACUCGCUUUGAUUACCAAUGUGGAGAGCUAGAUGUCUACAAGGUUGAGACUAUUGGAGAUGCCUACUGUGUUGCUGGAGGCUUACACAAAGAAAGUGAAACACAUGCUGUACAAAUAGCACUGAUGGCCCUGAAGAUGAUGGAACUGUCAGACGAGGUGGUGACUCCCCAUGGAGAGCCUAUCAAGAUGCGCAUUGGCCUUCAUUCUGGAUCUGUCUUUGCUGGAGUUGUUGGGGUUAAAAUGCCUCGUUAUUGCCUUUUUGGAAAUAAUGUAACCCUUGCCAAUAAGUUUGAAUCAUGCAGUAUACCUAGAAAAAUAAAUGUCAGCCCAACAACCUACAGGUUGUUAAAGGAAUACCCAGGUUUUGUGUUCACACCACGUUCAAGAGAGGAGCUUCCCCCAAAUUUUCCGAGUGAUAUCCCUGGUAUUUGCUAUUUUCUGGAUGCUUAUAUUCAAGGAACAAACUCACAGACUUGGUUUCAAAAGAGAGACUUGGGAGAUGGCAAUGCCAAUUUUUUUGGUGAGGAAACAGGAAUAGAUUAAAUUGUACAUUCACAAAUGUGCAGAAUAAAUUUAUAAAUAUUUGGAUUUUUUUUAAUAUAAAGUGAAAAUUUUUAAAACUGUAUGAAACCUGAAAGCACUUUAGAUUGUUAACACCUGAAAGCCAGUAUUAAAAUUUCAGGAAGUAUGUCACUGACUACUUUUUAUUUUUCCUUUGCAUAAGGAACAUAGUCACAAAAGUAAUGUCGCAACAUCACUGUUGGAAAUGCUACUAUAAACUGUAUUUUCCCUGUGGUAAUUUGUAAGUGCUACAGUUCUCUCUAUACUGAGAAUUCUAGAUGUAUUGUAUAUGCAGUUUGUCAGGAAAUGUAAUGUGCAAGUGAUGCAGCCACAUGCAGUGUUGUGAGCUGGUGCUUAUCAAUGACUAUGAAAAUGUUUUUUCUUAGAGAUUCCAUAAGAAAAUGUCCAUUAAAAUAUUGACAUUGCCAUCACAUACCCCUUCCAGUCCAUCGUUUGGGCCCCAUCCUAGAAGGCUGCUGACCAUCUUCUCACACUGGCUGGUCGAAGUACGAGAGUACUCAGCAUUUUCUGGAUCAGGCUGCUAGUUGUAGCUAAUACACAUGCAUAGCAGUGUUGCUGCUUACUGUUUCAUUAACUUUAUUUUGUAUAUAAAAUUAAUAUAGAUUAAAAAACUGUAUAAUCAUAUACUAACAUCUCUGUAAUUAUCAAACAAUUUUAGUUCAUAGGGUUUUAAAAGUACUUAAAAUAAUAUCCACUUGUUAUUAUGUAUUACAGCAAUAAAUGUUUUCUUUUUGUUGUCAUUUAAAUUUGAAAUGUUUUAACAGAAGUGUAAUAAAAUAUGCUUUGAAAUAUUUGCUUAGAAAUGAACUUCCAGUCAGAUUGUAUGAGAUGGAAGCACACCAGUUUAAAGCUCUGAUCCUUAUUCAAGGAUGCAAUGUGGAUGUGUUGUGCUGUGGAAAUGCCCAUUGCAUGCUCGCUCUAAGGUUGCCAGGGGAAUUUUCACAUGAACAGAGAUGGUUUUAAACAUAUUAACAUAUUUACAAUUUUUACAACAUACUUACAGCACAAGCUUUUCUGUUGUGGCUGAUGGAAUAUGAGUGGAGAACUUAAAGGCUUUGUGUCUGGAACUGGCAGAAUAUAGUUAAUUAAGAGUUCCGAGUUCAGGAUUCUGCCUCUCAAACAAGCAGAUCCCUCUGCCCAGAAAUUCCUCUGUGCUGUACAGUUUGAUCCCAACUGCAGGCUGGAUAACUGCACAGCUUAUACACUUACUAGUACUCCCAGUAGUACCAGAUAUUAUUAGUUAUUAUUCUAGCCUCUUCACAUCCUGGGGUUUGGCAUAGCAAGCCAUAAAAGUCUUUUCAAACCACUUGCUACGAAAUCACAUUUUGCUCUCUUAAUAGUCACAGGGAGUAUUUACAUUAGACUAAAGUGCUGUUUUGUUCAUUUUCUGAUCUUACAUUCUGAAGCUCAGUGGUACAUUCUGAAGCUCAAUAAACCAUUUUAUCCUACUAGUUUUUGGUAGAAACUCAUACAUGUACUAUCAGAAUCUUGAGAAAAUAUCUUAGAAGAUACUGGAACUACAAACAUCUUAAAGCCAUAUUUCAAUUUAGAUUUCCGUAAAGAGCAAAACUUGAACCAUUGAAUCCUUCUUGAGGUCUACUAUGUCUAUCAGAGAUGCUUAGAAAUAGUUCUUUGGCACAAAAAUGGAACCAGAAAGUCUGUGUUUUAUGAAAAUACACAUCUGUCUUGCACAUACCAUAUAUAUAUAUAUAUAUACACACACACACACCUAUAUACAAGCACACGUAUUUGUAACACUUUAGACUGCAGUGUUUCAAGGAAACAAGAACUAUCCAAAUCUUGGAGACUGAUCUUUCCAAUAUUGUAUUGGUCAGACAAUUCUAUUGAGGAGAAGUACCCAGAGGUUAGUAGCAGUCCCAUGUGGGUACCCCUGGAUAUAAAAAGGGGGGAAUAUUUGACUCCUCACUGUUCAGUAGGCUUAUGUUAUUAAACCAGGAAUGACUGAGGUGAGUAUGAAUGCAUCCAUUCCUGUUAAGAAAUAAAUAGGCUUUUAAAUUAAAAGGAUUUCUUUCCUCAGAUCUACCAAAUGGACAAAUCUACUGAAUGGGAAGUACAUUUAGGAAGGAAUUUCCUUUUGUCCCUAGAAGACAACUAUUGCUGGACUGGAUGAUGGCCAUUCUCAAAAGCCAAAUUCCAUAUAAAUCUGUCAUUAGAUAGGAUGUUACUCAUGGCAGUUCUGGAUACCUUCCCUACUGGUGACAACCUUCCAGGAGGAAUUCUGAUAAGGUGCUUUAGUGUACACAGAAAACAAUAAGCUUGAGUCUUAGUGAAGUAAAUAGGAUUUAGGCACAUAUUUAUGACAAUGAUUCAUGAAAUUGCUUUAAUAUGUACUUGUGUUCAGACCUGUUCUACAA